CUAGUAUUAACCAACGUGCAACCUUGACCCUGCGCCACCACCGUGAACUGAAACAUUGUUUCGAUAUCUCACGGAGCCCCCACUAUCUUUGAUUCAUUCCUUCUAUCUCGAUAGACGAUAUAUAUCUCAACAUAUACGACCCGCCGUACUUCUUCUACAAUGUCGCAGGAGUCCCCUCUCAGUGAACCAGUCGUCUACCACGGCAAGAAAUUUGUCGUGCUCAGCGAUUGGGAUGGCACGAUCACCACACAGGACUCCAAUGAUUUUGUGACGGACACCUUUGGUAUGGGACGCUCAGAUCGCGUUGUGCUCAAUCAGCGUAUACGUAAUGGCGAAGAUAACUUCCGGGAUGCCUUCCGGAAGAUGAUCAUAAGCGUCGUUGAGAAUGGCAAGGUGGAUGGCAAGGUGACGCACACAUUCGAGUUCUGUAAAAAUGCUGUCGCGAACAACAUCAAAGUCGAUGAUACUUUCAAGGCUUUCUACGAAUUUUGCGAAACGAAUGAUAUACCCGUGGUAAUUGUGUCCAGUGGUAUGGAACCUAUCAUCCGUGCAGUCCUGAACAAGCACCUCGCUAGCCUUGAUGGCAUUCAAAUUAUAUCAAACGAGGUGAAAACGUACGAUGAUGGGAGCUGGGACAUUCAAUAUCGUCAUCCCGAGAGCGGCUUCGGACAUGACAAGUCGAAGGCGAUUGCGCCCUACAGGGAUAUGCAGCCCGCCCCGAUCGUAUUCUUCUUUGGUGAUGGCGUCUCAGAUCUAUCCGCAGCGCGGGGGGCGACUUGUCUGUUCGUCAAGCACAAGCCGAAUGGAGAGAACGAAUUGAUGGAGUACUGCAUCAUCAACAAGAUCAAGCACAGGUUAUUCCAGAGUUUCGAGGAGGCGCAAGAGUUGAUGAAGCUCAUUAUAUUCGCGGAGACGGAGGAAAAACGACAGAGCAUCAUCGCACGGGAGUGGCCUGAAGUGGCUUGAGAGGUUACCUCGCGCUUCUCGCCCCCAGUGAUGGCAUUUGGAGGGAAAUGAAGUAGAUUUAGACGCUUCAAGAUUGCGCCUACUCUCCCGUAGUCAGACCUUGAAACAAGGAAGACAGUCGUUCCUUCU